AUGGAAGUGUCAAUUCAGCCUACUGCUUAUGCAAAGGAGGGUAUGUAUUUUCUUCUUUUGAUUUCUGAAGCCUGUCCAUGUGCUUGAUAUUCUUUAAACAUACGUUUAAAAAUCAAAACGUUUGGUCUUUUCAAUUUUCUCUGUGACAGGUUUUGUUUCAUUCAGAUUCGAAGGUUUAUAUUUCCCAUGUAGCAGUUGUAACAUGAGUAAAAAGUAGAUGCCUCCUGAAUUGAAGAUCUAAAUCAAUGGAUGCAUUAUUUUAAGUCUCAAACCUUCUGGAUCAUUUAUGAAUUCAGCACUAAGUAUUAAAACAGUAGUUCAAAGUCAGAAUCUGUGAGCCUAGUAACUGAACUUAUUGGCUACUUUACAGUCUAUCAGUGUGAACAAUGUGAGAUACAUAUUUGUCAUAUUGGUCCUCCUUUAAACAGGGCAGAUGGAGGUUGCGGGUACAUAGCUGCAGCAUUGUUUAAUCUAUUCUCCCGUGAUCUCCAAUCAUGUACAGGACAGUGCAUGUGGAAAAAGAGAGGAAAGAGAAAUGAGGGAAGUUUGCCCAUUCAGGACCUUCAAACGAGUGGUAGUCAUGGUGUGACAUUGAAAGACCCGAUUCACCCAAGAGAUUUUAAUGCAAUUUGCAUUCCUUAUAAUGUGUCUGAACUAGAACAAGAUUUUAAGACUGGGUUGCUGGAAACAUGUCCUAGCACCUCAGCUCUCCCUUUUUUAUCUUCAGCUAAAGUACCCAGGCAAACAGAGGAAGAAGUCAGGGCUUUCAUCAGCAGUGAUGUUAAUGUCUGUAAAGAAGAAAGUGUUCAAAGUGUACAUGUAUAUUCAAUGAAUGAUUGUGGCAAAGUGUUUGUUUCUGUUAAUACUGAAAAAGUGAUGCCUACAGUUUCCAACUUGCAAUUGAAUUCCUUGAGUCUAUUCCAUUUAAUGAAGGGUAAGCAGAAAUGA